AUGGCAUCAUCAUCUUCUGCAAGCUUAACACAAACUUCCAACAACAAAGGUUUUUUUAAACCUAUUGGUGAAGGUAUUGACAUAGCUUGGCAGUGGAACUCCUAUAAAGAUCAAAGCAAAAAAACUAUUGUUUGUGAUUUUUGUGAGCAUCCUUCAACAGGGGGAAUAACAAGAGCUAAGAAGCAUCAAUUGGGGAUAAGGGGAGAAGUUAGAGCUUGCAGAAAAAUUCCAGCUGACAUUAAGAAAAUUCUGCAGGAUAGUUAUGAUAAAAAACUAGCUGCAAGUGAUGCAUAUAUGGCAGAAGUUAAUGUCAAUGAAGAGGAUGAAGAUACUGUCCAAGAAAUAUCAAACCUAAGAGCAGGAAAAAGGCGUUCAACAGCUGCUGCCAGAACCAAGAAUAAUGCUAAAGGCCCCAUGGAUACGAUAUUGUUUCAAAAUCCAGAAGUAUCACAAAAGAAGACACUGUCAAUAGCUAAAAUGCAAACAUCCAUCAAAGAUUCUUGUGUGGAAAAUGCAAGGGCGUUAACUAAUCAAUACAUUGCUCGUUUCUUCUAUCAAAAUGGCUUGUCGUUUAAUGUUGUGAAAUCCAAAAGCUUUAAGUUAAUGAUUGAAGUUGUUGGAAAUUAUGGGCAGCACUUGAAGCCUCCUAGUUACCAUGAACUUAGAGUUCCCUUGCUCAAAAAGGAACUAGAGUUCACAAAGACAAAGUUGCAAGGGCUGGUGAUAGAGCGAACUCAAUUUGGAUGCUCUAUUAUGUCGGAUGCGUGGACAGACCGUAAGUCUAGAACAUUGAUCAAUUUUAUGGUUAAUACUCCAAGUGGGAGUAUGUUUGUGAGGAGUAUUGAUGGUUCGAGCUACAUGAAGACCGGAUUGAAGAUAUUUGAGUUGUUGGACUCAUUUGUUCAAGAGAUAGGAGAAGAAAACGUCAUACAAGUUUUGAGUGACAAUGGUAGCAAUUAUGUCUUGGCAGGAAAAUAUUUAGAGGAAAAAUAUCCUAGACUUUAUUGGACUCCAUGUGCUGCACAUUGCUUGGAUUUAAUGUUAGAAGACAUAGGAAAGUUGUCUACUGUUAAGAGGGCCAUAACAAGAGGACAAUUUCUUGCUGGAUUCAUCUACAACCAUACCAUAACCCUUAACAUAAUGAGGACGUUCACCGAAGGAGCUGAAUUGAUUAGGAGUGGAGUUACAAGGUUUGCAACAACAUUUCUCACGCUUCAAAGAUUGUAUAAACUAAAGAACAAUCUUAGAAGAAUGUUUGUAUCAGAAGCAUGGUUGAACACAAAGACAUCAAAAGAGGUUAAGGGGAAAAGGGCAUGUGCUGUUGUUCUCAUGACAUCAUUUUGGAAUGAUGUUCUAUACUCUCUUAAGGCAAUGGGGGCGAUUGUGACAGUUUUAAGAUUAGUUGAUAAUGAGAAGAAGCCGGCAAUGGGGUACAUAUAUGAGGCAAUGGAUAGGGCAAAGGAAAGUAUAGCAAAAUCUUUCAAUGGAAUUGAGAGUAAGUACUCUGAUAUUUUUAAAAUCAUAGAUAGUAGAUGGGAGUGCCAACUCCACCGUCCAUUGCAUGCUGCUGGGCAUUUCCUUAACCCACAACACUUUUACAAUGAUCCAAACAUUGGCAAAGACACGGAAGUGACAGAUGGGCUCUUUGCUUGCAUUCAAAGGCUUUCAAUAGAUGAAAUAGAGAAUGACAAAAUUCUAUCUCAGAUUGCUUUGUAUCGGAAGGCGAGUGGCACAUUUGGCAUGCCUUCUGCAGUUAGAAUGAAGGAAACAAUGUCCCCUGCAAUUGCAAUAAAAGUGUUGAGCCUAACAUGCAGCUCAUCGGGAUGUGAGCGUAAUUGGAGUACUUUUGAGCAAAUUCAUUCUAAGAAGAGAAGCAAGCUAGAGCAUCAAAAGCUACAAGACUUGGUUUUUGUGAAGUACAAUCAAGCUCUUUUAGAACGCUUCAAUAGCAAUGAUUUAAUUGAUCCUAUUCUCCUCAACAAUAUUGAUGAAUGUUAUGAAUGGUUGCAACAAAAUGAGGAUGAAAAUGGAAUAUUGGAAGAUGAUUUGGUUUUAGGAGAGGACGGUUUGACUUGGGAAGUUGUUGGUAAUGCCGUUGGGGCUAAUGAACCAACAAGAGUUACUAGGCAUAGACUUGCUACAUUAGUAUCUAAUGGAGAUGAGGAGUUGGAGGUAGAAGAAGAAGUGUUUGAAAUUGAAUCAAGUGAUGAGCAAGAUGAUAUUAAUGUGGUGGAACUUAGAAGUGAAGAUGAGGCGGAUGUGAUUUAG